AUGGCUACAGAAAAUUCACAACGUCUUACCGUAUUAAAACUUGCCACCAAUAAAGGCCCAUUGGCUCAAAUAUGGCUUGCUUCAAAUAUGUCCAACAUACCGAGAGGUUCCAUUAUUCAAACUCACAUUGCUGAAUCAGCGAAAGAAAUUGCAAAAGCUUCUGGUUGUGACGACGAGUCACGAGAAAUUGAACACAUUACUCUUCGGACAUCAGCCGAAUUACUACAAGGUAUUGUACGUGUAUAUUCUAAACAAGCCACUUUCCUACUCACAGACAUAAAGGAUACGUUAACAAAAAUCAGCAUGCUAUUUAAAACGAAUCAGAGGAUGAAUGCCACAGUAAGCAGAUUGAAUACUAUCACAAGGGUCCAUCAAUUGAUGUUGGAAGACGCUGUCACAGAAAGAGAAGUUUUAGUUACACCGGGGUUAGAGUUUUUGGAUGAUACUACCAUACCAGCAGGUUUAAUGGCACAGGAGAAUUCAAUGGAAAGGAAAGUUCAAGGUGCUACUCCUUGGGACACAUCACUUGAAGUUGGUAGAAGGUUCAGUCCUGACGAAGAUUUUGGGCAUAAUAGUAUAUCUGGUAUGGACCUUGAUUUUGACAUCGAAGAAGGUCCGAUAAUCUCAAAAUCUUGGGAAGAAGGGACAAGACAAAGCUCGCACAAUUUUGGUUCACACGAAAAUUUUAUACAAGAUGAUGAUUUCCCCCUUGAUGAUGCUGGAGCCGUUGAUUGGGACUUAGGUAUCACUGAAAAAAAUGGCGAGAGCAGCGAUGGUGAUGAUAAUUCUAUUGAACAAGGAAGAAAGGUUGCUGAGUCAAUUAUAUCCGAGGAACCCACAGAUUUCGGAUUUAAUUUGGACAUAGAAAAAGAAAUACCCAUGAAUGAUGAGGAUGUGACAGCCGAUGUGUCCACAGUAUCACUAUUAAAGCAAACUGGCAUAAGAAGAAACUCUCAAAUACUCAAUACCAAGAAUAUUCAAAUUGAUGAGGAAACAGAAAAUUCGGAAAGUUUAACUUCCUCCUACACAUACAAAGAGGAAAGACUCAAAAAUCCAAUCGCUACUCAACGCCUCAACUUCACAACUAAAAGAUUAUGGAGUGAGAUAACUGAAAGUAUGUCUUAUUUGCCGGAUUCAAUUUUCAAGAAUUUCUUAUCCUAUGACUCUUCGAAGAAAAGAAAAAUACAAAAUAAUCCAGAGGAGCCAGUUGACGAACCUGAACUAAACGUAUCAUUUAAUCUCAGUGAUGAUCUGAUUAGCAACGCGGGUACCAACGAUGGUUCUUUCAAUGAAAUGACUGAUAUUUUGUCCGACUUUGAGCCAAUUGACGCUGUUCUGAAUGAAACUUCAUUUCCUGGAGAAGAUGUUACAAGGACAAAGACAGCAAGCGAAGAUACUACUAUUCAAGCUCAAAAGAUCCGCCUUGCUUCUGGUGAGGUGGCUUCUAAAGCUAUUGUUCAAAUGGCGGAGAUUUUAAGAAAGGAAAUAACCGAAGAAAAAGAAGUGAUAUUUACAGAUGUAUUGAAAAGCCAGGCAAAUACAGAUUUGCAAAGUAUUACUAAAAGAGAAGCUAGUAAGGGGUUCUUCGAUAUUCUAUCUCUUGCUACAGAGGGAUGCAUUGAUUUGAGCCAAACAGAAACAUUUGGCAGUAUUAAAAUAGACGCCAAACCUGCCCUAUUUGAAAAGUUCAUUACCGGUUAA